CCGCGGCUCCCCGGCUCCCGGCUUCCCGCCGCAGGGCGCUUCCCCCGCCUCCGCCGCCAGCAUCCCCGGGCGCCCAUGGAACAGCGGGGCGGGCGCCGCACCACGGCUCCGCGCCCCGGCGCAAAGUUUCUGUUUGAGAAAUACAUUUUCACUCAGCAAAACAAAAACAACUUUUAAAGCUUGUUCUUGGUCGAAAUCACUCUAUGCCCCAUUACCUACUUGAGUGAAACCAGACUAAGAAUUUCUGUCAUGGCAGCUUUUCUGCUGGGAGCUGUGUUGCUUGUUGUCCAACCUCAGAUAGUGCCUUCCAGACCUGCUAUAAAUUUGAAGGCUGAGACUUCUCAGUCUGUUCAGAGAGAGCUUUUAAAGAAAACAUCUCAAAAAAAUGACUUCAAGGAAAACAUUCAUUCUAAUGGAUCAUGCAAGCAGCUGCCACAGACUAUCAUUAUUGGAGUGAGAAAAGGUGGAACAAGAGCUUUGUUAGAGAUGUUGAGUCUCCAUCCAGAUAUUGCAGCAGCAGAAAGUGAAGUUCACUUCUUUGACUGGGAAGAUCAUUACAGAAAUGGAUUGCAGUGGUACAUUAAUCAAAUGCCAUUUUCUUAUCCCCAUCAGAUCACCGUGGAAAAAACUCCAGCAUAUUUCACAUCGCCUAAAGUGCCUGAAAGAGUUUAUAACAUGAACCACUCAAUGAGACUACUCCUUAUUUUAAGAGACCCAAGUGAGAGAGUACUAUCAGAUUACACCCAAGUGUUCUAUAAUCACAUGCAGAAGCACAAGCCGUAUCCAUCCAUUGAACAAUUCCUCAUCAAAGAUGGCAAACUCAAUGUGGACUACAAGGCAAUAAACAGAAGCUUGUACUACAUUCACAUGCAAAACUGGCUGAAGUAUUUCCCCCUUGCUCAUAUCCACAUCGUAGACGGGGAUAAACUAAUCAAAGAUCCCUUCCCAGAAAUAGAGAAGGUAGAGAGAUUUUUGAAGUUGUCACCGCAGAUAAAUGCUUCAAACUUUUAUUUCAAUAAAACUAAAGGCUUCUACUGCCUAAGGGACAGUGGUAGGGAGCGUUGUUUACAUGAGUCAAAAGGACGAGCACACCCACAAGUAGAUACGCGGUUACUCGAGAAACUGCAUGAGUAUUUCCAUGAACCCAACAAGAAAUUUUUUGAGCUUGUGGGCAGAACAUUUGACUGGCACUCAAUUGUGGCAAGUUAGUGGUAAGAUUCAGAACCUAUGUUCCAGUGUACAUUUAGAGAUUUUAAAAAGGGCAUUUAAGAUAUAAUUUAUUUGUAAAAUCCAUAAAUACUUCUGUACAGUAUUAGAUUCACAAUUGCCAUAUAUACUAGUUAUAUUUUUCUACUUCUUAAAUUUGAAAGCAUUUUGUAUUGUUUUUCAUGGUUGUUGACAUUGUGUAUGAUGUGUCUAUAUGAAGAAACUAAAUUAUUUCACUGCAGAAUAUGCUCUCUUGAGAAUGCAUUGUCUUUUUAAUAAAUAAGAAAUUCAUUUCAACACAA